UUCCGAUGUACGAAGAACAUAUCCACAAAACGACAUUUACGUGCCAUCUUGGACUCUUUUCAUUUCUACGAUUACCAUUUGGAUUGAAGAACGCGCCAGCAUCAUUCCAAGCAAUGAUGGAUCUCAUAUUCGGCGAUCAGAUAGACAAACACAUGGCAGUAUUCAUUGAUGAUAUCAACAUCUAUUCUCAGACGUUCGAAGAACACAUGGACCAUUUAAGGCAGACCUUUGAAAAAUGCAGAAAGUACGGAUUGAAGCUCAAGAAAAAGAAGUGUUAUUUCGGAUGCGAGAAAUUAGAAUUUUUAGGACAUGUAGUUAGUAGAGAAGGAUUAAUAGUAGAUGAUAGGAAAGUGAACGCGGUAGAGCAAUACGGCACCCCAAAAGAUACGACGCAAAUCAAACAAUUUCUGGGCAUGACUGGCUAUUAUGCUCAGUUUAUCAACGGCUAUCAAGAAAUGGCGGCACCAUUACAAAAACUACUUGGAAAAAGGAAGCAAUUCGUUUGGACCACUGAACAAGACGAAGCGAUGCAACAACUCAAAGAUGCGCUGAUUACGUCACCAGUUUUGGCAUACCCGAACAUGAAGGAACACUUUACUCUUAUCACCGACGCAUCCAAUUUCGGAUUAGGUGCGGUUCUAGCACAAUACGAUCCGAUAACGAAACAAGAGUACGCGGUAGGAUACGCUUCGAAAUCCCUAAGCCCAGCAGAAAGAAAUUAUAGCGCGACGCAUCGUGAAGGCUUAGCGGUGAAAUGGGCACUCAAGAAAUUCCAACGGUAUCUUAGAGGAAGACAAUUUACCAUCGUUACGGACCAUGCGGCGUUACUCCCUAUCAUUCAGUACCGCGAACCUGAAGGACGAACGGGUAGAUGGGCCAUGGAAUUAAUGGAAUACGAUUUCGACAUGGAGCAUCGAAAAGGCGAAGAAAACCAAGUCGCCGAUGCUCUUUCCCGAGACCCUACCUUCGGACCCACCUACGAAGAACUGAAAGUUAAGGCACUGAACGAUAGAGAUUAUAGAGUACGCCGAGGAGCGAUUAAUAAAUGGCACGAUGGAAAAUGGAAAUUAGUAAUCAAAAGCCCGGAUCACGAAGAAAUCAUACGAUCCAUCCACGAUGGAGUAGCAGCCGGACACUUAGGUGUGAAAAUUACCUGCAAAAAGAUCAAAGAGCGUUAUUGGUGGCCAGGAAUAAACAAAAUGGUACAGGAAUAUAUCUCUACGUGUGUACCAUGUCAGAAAGAAAAGAAGCCCGAAAAACCGAAAGACAUUUAUCCGAUUAUUGCCGAACGGCCUUUUCAAAUAAUCGGAAUAGACCAUGUUGGACCUCUGCACGAAACUAAGGAAGGAUAUCUAUACCUUAUUGUAGCCCAAGACUACUUUACGAAAUGGCCAAUGGCAAAAGCGACGAAAACGACUAACACAGACGAAGCUUUAGAAUUUCUCCAAGAAAUCUGUGCAACUUAUGGAGCGCCAGAGCAGAUCAUUUCCGAUCGAGGCUCAGCCUUUAUAAGCGAAAAAUGGAAAACGACUUUGCCACAGUGGGGAAUUAAGCAUACGCCAACCACAGCGGCGAAUCCGCAAGCAAAUGGCCAAGUAGAACGAUUUAAUCAAACCUUAGUAAAAAUGCUUAGGAAAAGAACGGGAGUUCGUAAAACCACAUGGGCAGAAAGAUUACCAUUUGUUCUAUGGGAUUAUAGAACGUCGGUACAAGCCACUAUGGAACGCACCCCAUCGGAAUUGCUAUAUGGAUAUCGUAUGAGAAUACCAAUAGAAUUGAAGUAUCCUAUACCCGAAGAAGACUAUGAAAAUCAGCCAAUCGACCGCUUGAAACAAUUAGAAGAAUUGCAUCAUAAACGAAUUGAAGCCGCAGAACUUAUCAAAAAGAAACAGGAAAAAGUGAAACAACAAUGGGAAUUCAACAAGGGAUUAGCCACCCCGUUCCAAGUUGGAGACUUAGUAUUGCUUUAUGCGCCAGCUCAUAAACGAAAAUUAGACCAAGCCGCAGAAGGACCGUUCAGAAUUAAAGAAGUUGGAAAACGACGAACGUAUGUAUUAGAAACGCUAGGAGGAAAAAUGCACUCUACAGUAACAGGAAAACGAUUAAUCAAGUUCAACGAAAGAAAUAAGGCUCGUGUAGAAAUUUAG